UCCUGCCUCACUCUCUGUACCUGUCUGUCUCUCUGUACUGUCUGUCUCUCUGUUCCUGCCUCACUCUCUGUACCUGUCUCACUCUCUGUACCUGUCUGUCUCUCUGUACCUGUCUGUCAGGUGCCCUGCAGUAGAGCUGAUGUGUUUGCGAGUCGUCAGCUGUCCGUGGUAGAAAAGAGGAAGUUGAUGCGUUUCCUUACUUUCUGUGUUGAGGAGACUGAGGAGCAGCAAGCUUACAGCGGUCGGCCAUAUUUGGAGUUCUUGCGUGACCAGCAGCUUGGAGACAACCUGCAACACUUCCUUGUCCACUCUAUUGCAAUGGUGACAGAGGACACACCCACAGAGGCAGGGCUUGCUUCCACACGUCACUUCUUGCGCUGCCUGGGUCGCUACGGCAACACGCCUUUCCUGUUUCCUGUAUAUGGCCUUGGAGAGAUACCACAGUGUUUCUGUAGGAUGUGUGCUGUGUUUGGAGGAAUCUACUGUCUGAGACACUCUGUGCAAUGUGUGAUCGUCGACAAGGAAACCAACAGGUGUAAGGCGGUGAUUGACAUCAGAGGACAGCGAAUCAGCUGCAGCCACUUUGUGGUGGAGGAUGGCUACGUGUCAGUGGAGAGGAAAAAGGUGGCCACACCCACCAGGUUCAUCAGCAGAGCCAUCCUGAUAACUGACGGCUCCGUUCUGCCCACUGACUCUGAGCAGCAGGUUUCCAUGGUAACGCUUCCUCCAAUGGCAGCGGGGUGUCCGUCGGUGAAGAUGGUGGAGCUCUGUCCGUCCACGAUGACGUGUUUACCAGGAACCUAUCUGGUCCACCUCACCUGUCAGUCAACUGGCUCCGCCUACCAGGACCUGUCGCCACUGGUAACCAGAUUGUUCCACACUCCAGAGUCACAUGACCAAGGCGAGCGUCCGUCUGUCCUCUGGUGUCUGUACUUCAACAUGCCCGACGGGGCAGCAGUCGAGGUCGAUGGUCACAACCUCCCAUCAAACGUGUACGUGUGUUCUGGACCAGAUGGAGAGCUGGGACACGAACACGCCAUCACACAGGCGGAGUUGAUUUUCCAGAAGAUUCUCCCUCAGGAGGAAUUCUGUCCUCCAGCUCCAAACCCUGAAGACAUCCUCUACGAUGCAGACGCUGCAGAGGGAGACGGCCUGAGUCGUCAAACCGAGGAGUAGAUAUUUAUCCUGUAGUGCACUGUGGGUAAAAGUUGCAUUCAUCCAUUUUAUUUUUUAUAUUUUCUGCUUCCUGUCAUAUUUAAAACUCAAUAAAGUUAAACUGAGCACA